ACUUGAAACAAACACACACACACACACACAAAAAAAAUAUUAAAACAACAGGGAACCAGUCGAAAAUGUUACGUUUGUCAGUUGCAUCGUUUCUGCUGCUUGGUUGCAUUCAAGUAAGCAUUGCGAAACAAGAUUUAGAAGCUCUCAAACGAAUGCAACAAGAAGUUCAUGAUGUCCAAAAAGUUGUGGCUGCAGAAGCAAGGGACAUUAAUCUGGGAGUCAGCGAUUUUCAAUGCCCACCUGGCUACGUUAUUUACCCUGACAUUCAAUGUAAUCGUUACUAUACUUGUUACGGAGGCCAACCUACCUACUUAUGGCAGUGCAACGGUGAUCUGCUAUUCGACCUUGUUUACAACGGAUGCAACUGGAAAGAACAAGUUGACUGUGGGGAUCGCAUUCGUCCUGAUCAAGUGACGACAUCUACACAAGUAGCGACGACAUCUACACAACCUCAAUCAAAUUUUACCUGCCCAGAGCCGAACGGUUUCUUUGCUGCUUAUCCAGAUUAUUGUUCUUCAGUGUUCUACGAGUGUCUUGAUGGAGUUGCUUAUCUGGCCCAAUGCCCAGCUUAUGGUGUCUUUGAUCCUGUUGCUCAAGUAUGUGUUUCACCUGAUUCACCGGCUUGCACACAAUAUACAACCAUCCUUCCAUCAACUACUCAAACACCAACAACCAGUGCACCACCCGUCUUUCAGUGCCCAGCUGAAGAUGGCUUCUAUCCGAUAGACGAAUUUACUUGUAGUGCCAACUAUUAUUCAUGUGUUGAUGGUACCGCGUAUGUCGAGACUUGUCGAGGAAGUAGUGUGUUUGACCCAGUUCAAAAAGUGUGCACAACUGACAGUUCUUACUGUGGUUCAUUAACAACAUCAGCUGGUUCUGCUUCAACGACCUUGCGAACAACUACGUCGUUGCCUCUAGUAUCGACGACAACUUCUCCAUCUGGAACAUCCGCCCCAUUUACCUGUCCAGAGCCAAACGGCUAUUUCGCCGAUCCGAAUUCCUGCUCCCAGUACUACCAAUGCGCCAACGGCAUUCCAAACCUAUUUAUCUGUCCGGGAGGACUGGUUUUCAACCCGGUAAUUUCCCAGUGCGAUUGGCCGUCUAACGUACCAGGCUGUGGGGCGUCAUUGGUUCAGGUUGAUAAACAGUAGAGAAGGUACUGGACGAAAUGAUAACAUUUCUGCCCGUAGAGCUGCGUAGGUUAAACAACAUCGAUGGAAAACCCCCAAUUCCGAGCUGUCAACACAACGAUAAGUAGAUAAUCCUUCCCUAAUUGUGACCCCCACUACACACAUAAUGUUGAAUUUCCGUUCACUAAUGUUCCCAAAUGGCUUCAUUUCAAUGUAAGACAGUGUAGGAUUAUUGUCUGUGUAAGGUCAUAGAAGCAUAAUUCGAGUAAUGCCGUAGCAAUAAAACCCAAUUGAUUACGUCA